AUGACUGCUGUGUAUGAGGGACGAUUUCAGAAUCUGAUGCUCUACGGAAACGGACUCAAAGGUUCUAUUCCUGAUGAGUUGUUCCUGUUGACAUCCCUGCAGGCGCUUGAUCUAAACAGAAAUGACUUGAGCAGCAGUAGCAUUCCUCGUCACAAUGGAAAACUCACAAAGUUGGAGCAUCUGAUGCUUUUCUUGACGGGCCUGUCUGGUGCCCUGCCCUCAGAACCAGGCCUUGCAACAAGUCUCAAAGGCAUCUACUUGAAUACAAAUCAGUUCCACAGCACUAUUCCUACUGAGCUUGGGAUGCUGGAAAUCCUGCAAAACUGCUUCCUAGAGGAAAAUUACUUGACUGGAAGUAUUCCUGUUGAGGUUUGCAGCUUGAAAAGGCUUGAAUGCCACCUUCACAACAAUGCCUUAGAGGGCUCCCUGCCAACAGAGAUUGGGCUUCUGACAGGCAUGACAGGCUUGUCUCUGUUGCCAAUCAAGUGA